AGAGAGAGAAGCCGGCAGGAAGGAGACGAAGCAGCCGCCGGAGAGAGGGCAACCUGCUGGCUCGUGACGAGCAAUCGGCGGCAAGGAGACCUCGUUCCCUUCCCUUCUCUUCUUUCCUCAGGUUGGUUCCGGGUGCUGACAAUGUGGCCUCCGACCAACUUGGAGGUUUUGGCUCGAACAACAUUCGCGGAGCAUCACGACAGUGUGGUCACCAUUCUGACCAAAGAGAGGGAGUCCCCAACCAAGCUCUCCGCCAUCGGCUCCGGCUUCAUCAUCCGGUCGUCGGGGAGCAGGUGCCUCGUGAUGGCAUGCCGUCACGUCUUCCGGCACUUCGACCCUGCCAAGCACACCAUGCACGCUAGGCUCUCCGGCCAGCAUCUGGAGCUGGACGCCGAGGUGAUGCGCCUGGACGACGCGAGGGACCUCAUGCUGAUCCGCGUCGUGGGGAUGCCCAGGGCCUACCCUGCUCUGGAGUUCUGCGAUUGCAGCAAUGUGCCGGAUCGGGGCGAUGUGGUUCUCCUGGCGUUCUUCAGUACCUAUGCACUUGUUUUCCUGGAUCCUGGAGUGCUUCCUGGAAACAUUUCUGCGCCCCCACAGGAGACAAAUGGAGUUGUUCAUCACACUUGCGUGGGGACUUCAGGUUGCUUCGGAGGCCCCCUCAUCUUUGAUGGCAGAGUUAUUGGAGUGUACAAUGGAAUCAAGUCGCGGACAGGAUUCUCUGCUUCGGCCGAAACUGUGAACGCAGCCAUGAAAGAUUGGCUUCACAUCCCACCCGGUUUAAGUCACCAAAACCACUGGGGAGAUGGUACAAAGCCUCCUUAUCUGAAUUUUCUGAUUGAUUUCUGGACUAAGUUGAUAAGAUCUGACAGUGUGGGCUUAUGUUAGCUGUUAUGAGUUACUGUCCAUGCAAUGGCUACUUGUACCGUUAAGGGGGUGUUUGGAUACCCCGUGCUAAACUUUAGCACCUGUCACAUCGGAUGUUCGGAUGCUAAUAGCACCACAUUGCUAAAUCAUGGACUAAUUAGGCUUAAUAGAUUCGUCUCGCGAAUUAGACUCCAUCUGUGCAAUUAGUUUUGUAAUUAAACUAUGUUUAAUACUCCUAAUUAGUAUCCAAACAUCCGAUGUGACAGGUGCUAAAGUUUAGCACGGGUGUGAUCGCUCUGCCAUUGAAUUUGGUGCCAUGUGCUUGUUUAAUGGACAUGGAUUCUCUCUAACUUCGUUCAGAA